UUAAGCUGGCUGCGCGAAGAGGAGGAAGGGGAGGGAGGGAGGGAGGGAGGACGAGUGGGGAGAGAAGAGGAACGAGUAAUGGUAUCUUCAGUCAUGGGGGGAGAGUCGGUUUAUGCGACACUUGGUAAUCGUACACGUAUGAGUGUAGUGACAGGUCAGCUUCGACCUGAUUGGACAGCUGUGAGGGAGGAUGGCUAUGACGGCGAAGAGUGCAAUGGCCCGGAAGGAAGAGCAGGUAAGCAUGAAGAGAAGAGGGAGGAGGUAGAGGAGGAGGGAGAGCAGGUGGUGGGGACCACAGCAGGAGCGAGCUGUUUGUCGAGACAGCUCACAGCAGGUGCGAUGGGACGCGAAGCUGUGCGGCCAACUCCCGGCGGGGGCGUCGGGACACUCCACGUCAGCGACAGCAGGACGGGAAAGAAGUACGAGAUCCCGAUCAUUGAUGGGGGGGCAAUCAACGCCGGCGAUCUGAAGAAGAUUACAGCCGGAGGCGAUGGCGUGGGACUGAAGUUAUAUGAUCCUGGGUACUUCAACACCGCGCCCGUCCGAUCAUCGAUCUCGUACAUCGACGGCGACAAGGGCAUUCUUCGCUACAGAGGCUAUCCAAUCGAGGAGCUAGCGGAGAAGAGUACGUAUCUGGAAACAGCCUAUCUAUUGCUGUACGGGAAACUUCCGACGAAAGUUCAACUAAGUAAAUGGGAAAGUUCAGUGAUGCAACACACAGCUCUGCCAGAGCCAGUCUUAGCUGCGAUCGCCGCGCUCCCGCACGAUGCUCAUCCCAUGGGAGUGCUGAUCACUGGCCUCGCAGCGUUAUCCGCAAUGCAUCCGGACGCUAAUCCGGCGUUCCAAGGGCAGGGAGUGUACAAGUCGAAGGCCGUGAGAGAGAAAAACAUGGUACGGAUCAUUGCCAAGGCUCCCACUCUCGCUGCAGCCGCUUAUCAUCGAUCGACGGGGAGAUUACCUCCUCCUCCCUCCUCCUCCUCAUCGUCCAAUCUCUCUUAUGCCGAGAAUUUCCUCUACAUGCUCGACUCUAUGGGUGACAGGUCGUACCGACCCCACCCUCGAUUGGCGCGCGCGCUAGACAUCAUGUUCAUCCUCCAUGCAGAGCACGAGAUGAACUGCUCGACUGCCGCGUGUCGCCAUCUAGCGUCGAGUGGGGUGGACGUGUACUCUGCUGUGACCGGAGCCACGGGAGCGCUCUACGGGCCCCUCCACGGCGGGGCUAACGAAGCUGUGCUCCGCAUGCUCAUGGAAAUUGGAGGCGUCAACAAAAUUCCCGAGUUCCUUGAGGGCGUGAAGACCAAGAAACGCAAGAUGUCGGGAUUCGGUCACAGGGUGUACAAGAACUACGAUCCGCGAGCGAAAAUCAUCCGCCACCUAGCUGAGGAGGUGUUCUCCAUCGUCGGCAAAGAUCCUCUUAUCGAGGUCGCGAGAGCGCUAGAGAAAGCCGCUCUCUCGGACAAGUACUUCGUCGAGCGCAAGCUUUACCCCAACGUUGACUUUUACUCUGGUCUGAUUUACCGAGCAAUGGGAUUUCCCACGGCUUUUUUCACCGUGUUGUUUGCAAUACCGAGGAUGUCGGGAUACCUCGCGCACUGGCAAGAAUCGCUCCGGGAUCCCGACACAAAGAUCAUACGGCCGCAGCAGUUGUACACCGGGGCGUGGCUUCGGAGCUACGCUACAAUCAGCUCAAGACCAGAGUCCUCUUCUGAGGAGAGUGUGGGCGCCAUUCCCCAGUCAAAUGCGUCGAAGAGAAGACUGGCAGGGGUGUCGAAACUCUAAUCAAGUAACCAAUCAAAUCCAUUCGUCGAUCAAUCAUUCAAUCAAUCAAUCAAUCAUUUGAUC